UGCAAUUCAUCCAAAAAAGAAAGGAUGCAAAUGGAAAAGAAACUACAUUUUUAGUUUUCCCGGGCAAACCUGAGGCUAUAAAACAAGUCGAAGAGCCAUUUUUUCUUUUUCUGUUCAAACAUCUCCAAAUUAAGAUGAUGACGGAGAUGGAUGAACCUCUAGAUUUUGAAUUUGAAGAACCCUCCAUCGUUAGCCCUAUUGUUACUAAGCAGAAAAAGAAGAAGGUAAUCGGCUUAGAUGAUCUUCUCAGUGAUUUCUACCAAGUGAAGAGCGACAUACCUAAGAAGGAAUCUAAACGUGCAAAGAUCCGCAAGUCUGACGAGUCAGAUGAUGAUUUGGAUACCAGAGAAGCAGAGCUUUAUAACUACGUUAACAAAUGUCAACAACAGAUGAAUGAAAUAAGCACUGAUGAUCAGAUGCCAUUAUGGGGUCUUCAUGUUUUUGGGGACCAGAAAGCUAUGCCCGUGCUUACUUUUCCCGAGCUUAGGAGUUGUGUCCUUUUGCAGUCCUUUAUGGGGCAUGAAGUCAAUUCACUGUUAGAACUCAAAACAGAAGAAGGAGAAGCAUUUCUGGAGGGAUUGCUUGUGAACGGUUGGCUUUUGAAAUUGGUCACAGAUCAUGGUCGAGUUGAAAAGUGCAUAGGAGCAUGGACAUUUAAUCUCAUGUUAUAUUCACCAAAAGAAGAGUUGAGGGCAGCAGCAUGUGAAUUUUGGUGUUCUAUUCUUUUACCUAAAAAUCAGGCUGAUGUUGUAAUGUUUGAGAUGGAAUGGUUGCCAAACCAUUCAGAACUGAGGCGAGCACUUGAAGUAUAUGGCUUUCUGUUGGAUUUCCCUUCCAAAUCUUCCACCAGCAUGGAAUUUGUGUAUGGAGAUUCUGAUUCUGCUGGACCGCCUCAAAAUAUCAAAUCCUGGAUAAAGUAUGUUUCUGUUUGUUGCCAAGCAAGGACUACACGUUCAGUUUUCUCAACUUCGGAGGUAGAAGAUCUGAUUACCUCAGUGAUCUAUCUCUUCUUAGAUCGGCAACUUAUUGGCCUAUCUUCAGCGUUGAAGGAUUGCUUGCACUCACUUAUUAGCUUCUUUAGUGAUGAUGCAUUCAAUUCAAGCUGUCAGAAAAUAGCAAAAUCCCUCGCCUACAGAGUUCCUACUGAUGUCAACUGCUUGAGGUCUGUGGAGAGCGUAGCUGGACUGGAUGCUCGGUCCAAGCAUCUAAGGAGUGUUCUGGCCUUUCAGUUUCUUGUAGCAUGUUUUGAUGACAAGCUACAUGAUGAAGAACAGAUCUUGAGAUCUCUAAUCUCCAUCAAUCUGAAGGAUAAGAAUUGUGAUCUUCUCCAAAUGUAUAUUCACCUGGUUCUGGCAGAAAACUGGCUGUUUUGCAACCCGUUGUUAAAAGAUAAACCAAUAUUCAGUGAGAUGUGGAGCGCGUGCCUUAGAAACUGUUCCUGUCAAAUCACUAGCACAGAUUUGAGGUCCUAUGCUUCUAAGGUUCGUAGUAAAGCAUCAUAUCUUCUUCAAGGCACUGCCACAAGAUGACUCUGUCCUAGUGCAGAAAAUUCUCCCUAUAAUGGAUCAGGCGGUGACAAAGUUAACUAACUCUGAGCAUAAGAGAUCGAUAUAUAUUUUAUGUAUAAUCUACAGAAUAGAGAUGCUUCAGAAGAUUCAUCCUAGCAUCUACAGAAAGUAUACAGUUUGAGAUGGCCAUCUUUUACUGACAUUUUUUUUUUGUAAGCAAUGCAGUUUUUGUUAAGAUUGAUCGAUCUGCCGGGUUCUUUUGUCAUUCUGGCCCUUCACUAGAUGGAAUAACUUUGCACGGUUAAAAGAAUAUUUCUUUCCCUUCAAUUUUUCACAUGAUAUGUGUAAGAUUACAAAAUUUGAAGGGCAUUUUGAUUCCUUUGACAUAUCUUUCAUUUAA